AUGAGAACAAGAAGAAGAAGCACAAGCAAAAAUAAUGAUCAGAAGUCAAAGAGAAAGAAAGAAAAAACGAGAUUCCGGGAUGGUUUGGAGAGAGUGUGUGAUUGUUGGCAUGGGCGACUUGAAAGGGAAUAA